UCUGUAGCAUACAGCUGCUUAAAGGGGUACUCCACCCCUAGACAUCUUAUCCCCUAUCCAACCAAAGCCUUCGGCUGUCCGGGCAUGCUGGGAGUUGUAGUUUAGCAACAGUUGGAAGCAUCCUGGUUGUGAAACAAUUGUCUAAGUGUUUAAGUCAGGGCUCAAGUCCUGCAGGAACGCGUGGGAACUAAGGUCAUGCACUUUUUCUACAGCAAGAACACCAUCCCCAUAAGCAGGAGUCCUGCAGGACCAGCCCUUUAGUGGAAGAGUUCCUACACUUUUUCCCCCAGGACUUGACCCCUGGUUUUAGUGCAAUCGGAUUCCCUUGGUGUGAAUAGGGCCCUAUAGAGAUCAGGAAGGGUAAUAGCCGACGAGCACUAGGACCUUGGACAGAGAACUCCCUCCACCUCACAAGCGCUUGGCGUCACGUGGUAAUGACAUGUCACAUGACGCAGAGCUGACAGCUCCACGCGCCGCCUCCCUCUACAGCAUUUUUUUUUAUGUGGGCGGAGCCACUUAAUGUCUUUGUUCAAACUGAUGCGCGACCCCGCGUUAUUUGGCGCUUUUCGCGGACGCGAUUUUUAGAGACUUUUUUUCCCCCCUCUCUCCUUGUCGCUUUCUUCUGUUAGCGGCAAUAGCGACCGACCGCUUCUGACACAACCAUAACAUUUACGUCCACGUAUAGAACAAAUAUAUAUAUUAAAAAAAAAAAAAAAAAGUCCCGACCACUGCUAAAAAUAUAUUAAAAAGACGUGAAACAUAAAAUCUGUCUCGUAGUUCCCUGAGUGCAGUAUGCGGUGGGCAGAGGCUGCGCGAGCUCACUGGAACUGUCAUUCUUAUGUUUGUGGCGCCCGCCCGCUCCGAUACAGAACAGCCCCCUGUAUUCUCUAUAGCAGUAUUUGUGUUUGUCGGGCCCGCCGCUCUGACACAGCCCUGUAUUCUCUAUAGCAGUAUUUGUGUUUGUCGGGCCCGUCCGCACAGCCCUGUAUUCUCUAUAGCAGCAGUAUUUGUGUUUGUGGCGCCCGUCCGCACAGCCCUGUAUUCUCUAUAGCAGUAGAUUUGUGUUUGUCGGGCCCGCCCGCACAGCCCUGUAUUCUCUAUAGCAGUAGAUUUGUGUUUGUCGGGCCCGCCCGCACAGCCCUGUAUUCUCUAUAGCAGUAGAUUUGUGUUUGUGGCGCCCGCCCGCACAGCCCUGUAUUCUCUAUAGCAGUAGAUUUGUGUUUGUGGCGCCCGCCCGCACAGCCCUGUAUUCUCUAUAGCAGUAGAUUUGUGUUUGUCGGGCCCGCCCGCUCUGACACAGCCCUGUAUUCUCUAUAGCAGUAUUUGUGUUUGUCGGGCCCGCCCGCACAGCCCUGUAUUCUCUAUAGCAGUAUUUGUGUUUGUUGCGCCCGCCCGCACAGCCUUCUCUAUAGCAGCAGCUUUGUGUUUGUGGCGCCCGCCCGCACAGCCCUGUAUUCUCUAUAGCAGUAUUUGUGUUUGUUGCGCCCGCCCGCACAGCCUUCUCUAUAGCAGCAGCUUUGUGUUUGUCGGGCCCGCCCGCUCGCGGUUUGAGCGCUGCUUCUUGUGUCUCGGGCCCGCCCGCUCUGUUUCUGCCCUCCCGCUCUCCAGUACAGCAGCAGCAGCCGCCUAAGCUGAGGGAUCCGCCCGCUCCUCCCGCCCGUGUGCCGCUCGUUCCCGGUGCCGCUGUCCGCUCCGGUGUGAGGUGCUCUCGCUCCUUCUCCCCGCCUCCCUUCUCCUCACGUGUCCCGGCGGCGGUGCAGGAGAGGCAGGGAAGGGAUCUCCUCACAUGACCCGUGUGUUUGUCCCCGUGAUCAGAUCCGUCGGGCCUCCCGCCUCCUCCUCCUCCCCGGGCAGCCCCGGGCCCCGGCCCUGCUCAGCCUGACCCGGGGGGGGCCCUCUCCCUGACCGAGCCCCGACACAUGGACAUGCUGGACCAGAGCCUCGACUCUUCCGCCGCCGCCAGUCACGAUAAAGGACAGGAAGCGGAAGAAGUGGUAGAGUUACAUGAUGGGUUCCACUGGCGGAAUUCCGGAAAAUCAGGAGAUGAAACCAGUGCUGACGAGCAUACGGCGGUGGCCAUCGCUACGGUGCAGCAGGCAGCCUUUGCAGACCACAACAUUCAGUACCAGUUCCGCACAGAGAACAAUGGAGGACAGGUGACAUACAGAGUUGUCCAGGUGACAGACGGUCAGCUGGACGGUCAGGGGGACGCGACUGGAGCAGUGAGCGUUGUUUCAACAACCGCUUUUACUGGCACCCAACAAGCUGUGGCGCAGGCGGUCAUCCAGAACCCCUUCAGUAAUGGCGGAAGCCCUUCUACAGAUGCGGUCAGUGGGGAGGCACGGUUUGCAUACUUCCCUGCUUCCACUGUGGGCGACACAACGGCUGUGUCCGUGCAAACUGCCGAUCCUGCGCUGACUCAAGCAGGAGGGCAGUUCUACGUCAUGAUGACCCCUCAAGAUGUGCUUCCUGCUGGGACACAGAGGACGAUCGCUCCGCGCACUCAUCCCUACUCCCCAAAAAUGGAUGGAAACAGAACCCCGCGGGACGAGCGGCGCAGAGCCCAACACAACGAAGUGGAGAGGCGACGACGAGACAAGAUAAACAAUUGGAUCGUCCAGCUAUCAAAAAUCAUUCCAGACUGCAACAUGGAGAGCAGCAAGACCGGAGCGAGUAAAGGCGGAAUCCUGUCCAAAGCCUGCGACUACAUCCGCGAGCUGCGCCAGACAAAUCAGCGCCUGCAGGAAUCCUUCAAGGAGGCCGAGCGGCUGCAGAUCGACAACGAGAUGCUGCGUCAGCAGAUGGAAGACCACAAGAACGAGAACACCCUCCUGAGGACGCAGCUGCAGCAGCAUGGCAUCGAGGUGGUGGAAGAGGUGCAGAGGCAGUAGAGGCAGCGGCCGGACGCGCUCCUUCUCCUUGUGUGGCUGCAGGGAGUCAAAGAUGCCACGAAAAAGAAUAAAAAAAAAAAAAAAAAACUUGUAUAUCGGCACCCGCCCCCCCCCAAUUUACCCUCUACACCCUUUUUGCCCUGCUCACCUGCCACCACCCCGCAUCCACCCCCUUUACAGUAACCGUGUCAAAAAAACAUUUUUUUUUUUUUUUGUCUCCAUCCUGGCGAAGAACAUUGUGAACUGUGUGGCACAGCGCAGGGGGGGAGGUGGAGGAGGCACUGCCACGGGUCUUCCUUUUGCAGACAGGAGAACCCUUUGCCCCCCUCUUCAAACUUAUAGGAACAUGCUUACCUUGGAAAACAAAUUUUUUUUUCAGGCCUCUUCACUGCCAGGGACUUGCAUGGGGCUGACAGAAGGGCUGCCUGAGCGGCAGAGGGUUUAAUACGUUUGCAUUGCUCCGAUAUUAUUUUUUUUUUAUUAUUAUUAUUAUAAAUAUAUAAAUAUGAAUCUUCCUUUAGACUUUUAGCAAUGACAAUAGAUGAAAAAAAACUUCCCUUAUUUCCUUAUUUUUUUUUUCAUUUUUUUAAUUUUUUUUCAAUGUAAUUUUUUUUUCUUUUUUUUUUCAUUUUAUUAUUAUUAUUUUUUUUUUUUGUUGCCUAUCCAUAAUCCUCUGCAGUGUGUGACUUUUGCCGAUCACAGAGCUGUAGUAUUAUCCUAAACUAUACUACGGCUUCCAGGAGAAUUGCACAUUUGUUUAUUCAAAGCUUAACAGGAGGUGUCUGAGGUACAAUUCCUCCAUUUUUUUUAUUAUUUUAAUAUAUUUUUUUUUUUGUGUUUUUUUUUUUUUUUUUUUUUUUUUUUCUUGAAUACGUUACAGAAUUUUGCUUCGUUCUCCACUUUUUGCUGUUUUUAUUUUGCCCUUGGUAAACUGUACUGACAGACUGGGUCUCUUGCAGCAAAGAAUAAAAAAAUUAAAUAAAUGGCCACUAGAUGGCAGCGGAGAGCUGUGUAUCCAGCUAGUCUUGACGGCGCGGUAAAGCGAGAGCUCCCAACAUUGAACUUUCGUUUAAAUUACUAGAUGAUACGUUGUGUCCAAAUUUUGACAUUUUGAAUCUUGUUACUCCAGUUACCUCCAGAGCUGCAUUCAAAAUCGGCACCGCUCUGCCCGUAACACAUUAUUGGCGGAACUCUCCUUCGUAGGGGUUAACAUGGCUUGUCAAAUAGCUCUCGAAUGUUGUUCAUUGGCAGUGUUUCCCAACCAGGGUGCCUCCAGCUGUUGCAAAACUACAACUCCCAGCAUGCCCGGACAGCCUUUGGCUGUCCGGGCAUGCUGGGAAUUGUAGUUUUACAACAGCUGGAGGCACCCUGGUUGGGAAAAAAACACUGUUUUAUGGAGGUUCUAAAUUUUUGCAGCAAGAUUUGCCAAAUCUAAAUCCGUGGAAUCGGCCAUCGAUUCGUUUAGUCCUGAAAUAGUUGUUCAGAUUCCCUUAAAGGGGUACUCCGGUGGAAAACUUUUUUCGUAAAACUCAACUGGUGCCAGAAAGUUAAACAGAUUUGUAAAUUACUUCUAUUAAAAAAUCUUAAUUCUCCCAGUACUUAUUAGCUACUGAAUACUACAGAGGAAAUUCUUUUCUUUUUUUUUU